GUCUUUUCAUGGAACCUUCUUCAAGAAAUGGCUUCCUAAGGAGUUCAUGGAGAGGAUCUCCCAGCUGGACACCAAGUCACCUGUUACCAAGAUCAACGUGGCUGUCGACAGGCUGCCUGACUUCCUGGUGGCCCCCAGUGCUCCCGGCAGCCAGCCACUGCCCCAUCACCAGGGCUCCAUCCACCUGAACUGUGAAGACACACUCCUCCCCCACCAGGCCUUCGAAGAUGCCGUGGACGGCCUGCCUUCCCACAGGCCUCUGAUUGAACUCUGCAUCCCUUCCUCGCUGGACCCCACCCUGGCUCCCCCCGGCUGCCAUGGCGUCUCCCUCUUCACUCAGUACACGCCCUACACACUGGCUGGAGGCAAGGUGUGGGAUGAGCAGGAGAGAAAUGCAUAUGCAGACAAAGUGUUUGACUGCAUCAAGGCCUACGCUCCUGGCUUCAAGGGUUCCGUGAUGGGCAGGGACGUCCUCACACUACCUGAUUUGGAGAGAAUCUUCAGGCUUCCUGGAGGGAACAUCUUCCACUGUGCCAUGACCCUGGACCAGCUCUACUUCACCCGCCCUGAGCCCCCGCACUCCAGCUACCGCGGUCCCCUCUGAGGCCUGUAUCUCUGCGGAAGUGGUGCCCAGCCGGGAGGGGGCGUCAUGGGAGCCGCUGGACGCAAUGCAGCCCAUGUCGUCUUCAGAGACCCCAAGAGCAUGUGA